AAUUUAUAUAUAGAAAGAAAAAAUGUAUCAUGGACAAACGAACACUUAUUUUAUAUACUCUGAAUUUCUGAAUUAUAUAUAUUAUAUAUAUGAUGCAAGGAAGGUUCGGCUGCAUAAGUUCGAACACAAGCACUUGUUAAGGUUAGUGCAGUGCUCGGUACAUUAUCAUAAUCUGGCUGUAUACACAUUUACAAACACUGUUUCAACAACUUUCACACAGCAUACCUGAACAAAUAUAUACUAUUGUCUCUGUAUUGCAAUAUUCACCAUGGCCAUUGAACGACCAUUCAAGAACGAGAAAUUCUCAGCCGAGAAAAGUACCAGUGUGGAUGUAGUACCUAGGAGCAACAUCUACCUGGCCAAUCGCUUGUCACUGAAUGUCAUUGACUUCUACCAAGUGUAUGUACAAUGUUAUGUGCCUUACAUUCUCACAGCGAUUGUGGUACUGCUGUCCACCAAACUGGCCAGUGAUGUCUCAGCAUCCGAAGUGAAUUGGGAUUCGGCUGUCGCGUAUGUGUCGCAAUUGAAUUAUAAAUUCGCCGUGGAUGGUCUUGCGCUGGUGAUGCUUGUAGCAUUCCUAGGAUCAUAUCUUUCCAGUCGCAAAAGCCCCGUCUACUGUGUCGAGUUCGAGACCUUUACGCCGCCAGAGAGCUGGAAGGUCACCCGUGACGAGAUCAUGCAGGUGAUGAGGUCGAGCAAUUCCUUCACCGAGGAAAGUCAGGACUUCUUACAGAGAAUCAUGGACACAAGUGCCACUGGAAAUGCCACGCACUGGCCCCCAGGAAUUCUAAAAGCCCUCAAAGGGCAGAAACAAGAAGAAACCAUGACCUCGUCACGGCGCGAGUUUAUGACCGUCAUGGCAGGAUGCAUUGACCAAUUGAUCGAAAGGACAAAGAUCGACAUUAAGAACGUUGACUUCUUAGUGGUGAACUGCUCGCUAUUCUCACCCACACCAUCGCUGUGUGCGAUGAUUUCGAACCACUACGGCAUGAAGUCGUCGCUACAAUCCUUCAACUUGGGUGGCAUGGGAUGCAGUGCGGGUCUCAUCUCCGUCGACCUUGCUAAGCAAUUGCUGGAGAAUAAUCCUGGCAAGACCGCAAUAGUGUUCAGUACUGAGACCAUUUCCGAGCAGCUGUAUCACGGUAACGAGCGGUCUAUGUUGUUGCAGAACACGCUCUUCAGAGUUGGAGGUAGCGCCGCACUGCUGUCCAGCAAGUGGAAGGACGGACUCACGGCCAAAUACAAGCUGCUGCAUACCGUACGCACACAGCAUUCAAACGACUUGGCAUACAAUGCCGUGUACCAGUGUGAGGAUAAGACCGGUGAACAGGGUAUCCGCCUGAGCAAGGACAUCGUGUCUGUGGCUGGUAAGGCUAUGACAACCAACCUAACGUCGCUGGGCCCAUAUGUGCUGCCUGUGACUGAGCAGGUUAAGGUGCUAUACAGUAUGCUCAUGUCCUUUGGACGCAAAAGAGGGUGGGUAAGGCCGAGCGAAAAUGGCGCAGAGAAGCACUAUGUACCGAACUUUAAAGCUGGGGUGCAACACUUCUGCAUCCACGCGGGAGGUCGGGCUGUGAUUGAGGGCAUUCAGAAGAAUCUGCAACUCUCAGACUACGACACUGAACCCAGCAGAGAAACACUGCACAACUUCGGCAACACCAGUAGUUCAUCCAUCUGGUAUGAGAUGCGGUGGUUGGAGGACCACGACCGCAUCAAGCGCGGCGAUCGCACCCUGCAACUGGCCUUUGGGUCUGGUUUCAAGUGUAAUAGCGCCGUGUGGCUGCGAUUGCGCUGAAGGAUUUGGAUAAACGAAGCCCGUUGUUAAUGGCUACAUCUUUUUCGCCCCAUGCAUGUUACACGGGUGUCGAUACAAAUGCGUUUGGAAAGGUCGAUUAAUGAUACGACUGCAAACGAAAUUAAAAUUAAAGCUCUAUACAACCU